UCUUUUGGUGCGCGCGGGCGCCGCCCUUCAUUCAAGCACGCGGUGUGGGAGAGAGUCGCUGCUGCUGGUACUGUCGGUGGUGCGCGCGCGGCUCUCACGCGCUGUGUUUUCUCUUCCUGCAGUGUCGGACCUCGCGUGUGCGGACGGUUUUUGCGGCUUUGCAUCUUCAAGCAGACGUGAGAUUCAGCGAGGGUUCGAGUGUCUGCAGAGUCAAAGUGCUUACAGUGCAGGUAGUUCAGAGAGUCAUCUACUGCAGUGGAGGCACUUCAAGCUCUACACACUCCACACACACCUCCAGAGUAACACGGAGCUCCUCGCAGGACGUCGUUGUUAAUUACCGUUAAUAACACGGAUGUGCGAUGGUGCUCGCGCGCGCCGCCGCCGCCGCUGCUCUCUUUCUGUGCGCGCUCUGUGCGUCCGCGAGCGCCGAGGACCUCGUGAGCGCGAGCGCCGGCUGCGGCGCGGUGGCACAGGCGUACCGGGACAUGGGCUUCAGCUCCGGGACCGUCCCCGACAAUUACACAGCAGGUGAAUCCCUGCAGAUCUGCACCCAAAACCUGACAUGCUGCAGCCCAGAAAUGGAGCAGAAUUUCAUCAAGAGGAGUAAACACGAGUUCAAGAAGUUUGUGGCCGAGGCCACUGAAGACCUGAGGAACAUGUUUGAGUCCCGAUAUAAAAGGUUUGAUGAUUUCUUCCUGGGGCUCCUGGAGAAAACUGAGCGUUCCCUGAAUGAGAUGUUUGUUCGCACUUACGGAGAAUUGUACACGCGAAACGCCGACGUCUUCCAGAGACUUUUUUCUGAACUGAAACACUAUUACACUGGUGGAAACGUGAACCUGGAAGAGAUGAUUGACGAUUUCUGGACCAGUCUGAUGGAGCGCAUGUUCCAGCUGCUCAACUCCCAGUACGACAUCAAUGACGAUUACAUGGAGUGCGUGAACAAGCACAUGGACGACCUCAAGCCCUUUGGCGACGUGCCCAAAAAGUUUAAAGCGCAAGUGUCGAGGGCGUUUGUCGUCGCACGAACCUUCGUCCAGGGACUCGAGUUCGGGAACGAAGUGGCAAACAAUGCAUCCAAGGUUAGCAUGAGCGCGGCGUGUGUUAGCAAUGUGACUGAAAUGCUGUACUGCCCAUACUGCCAGGGCGAGACGAUGUCAAAGCCGUGUAAAGAUUACUGCCUUCACGUUCUAGAGCUGUGCUUGAAGCGGAGGCUCCUAAUGACGGACGAUUGGACGCGUUACGUUGAUGAGAUGUUGCUGCUGAUCGAGAGACUCGAAGGGCCGUUCAACAUCGAGUCCAUCAUGGAGCCGAUGGACGUAAAAAUUUCAGACGCCAUCAUGAGCAUGCAAGAGAGAACCAUGGAGCUGUCAUACGAAGUUUUUCAAGGUUGUGGUCAGCCGAAGCUUUUGGAAAAGAACAGAGUUGCCCGUGACGUCUCGAGCACGACUGGCCAAGGAUUUGCACCGAGCGAGUCUGAUGGCACAAACCUCCAAAAACUGGUUGGGGAUGUUAAGGGGAAGUUGUCGGAGGUGAAAUCGUUCUGGUCGUCGCUGCCCGAGUUCGUGUGUCAGGAUGAAAACGUAGCGGCUCCAGCGGACGAGAUGAACUGCUGGGACGGAGAGAUAACAAGCUGGAACGUCUCCAAUGCCGCCAACACAGAGUUCAUCGAUUUUACGGCGAUUCUCGGCUUGCUCAAGCGCGCUUAUAAAGGAUACCAGACGCUAGACGAAGACUCCAGUGACGAGAUGAGCGGAUCAGGAAGUGGGAGUGGCUGCAUGGACUCGUGUUUUCCUACACCUUCCACUCUCGCCACAGAAAACCCGAACAUGGAGUUGUCCUCGGCUUCACGCCUCCAUCCGUCCAACCUCCUCCUUCUCCUCCUUCUCUUUCACUCGGUUCUGUCCAUCCUCACAUCUCUCCAGCAGCAAAGAUAACACACAACUUUACACUCAUCUGCUUUGUAGCAUCAAUCAGGUUUUAUUAUGAAGGAAGGAAAACUAACUGGACGGACGGAUGGAUGUUCGUGCCCUUUGUAGGAUCGUGGUUUCUUUGGUGGCAUCCUUCUCUUUUAUUUUCACUUCAUAACCACUACAUUUCAGUUCACUACUCUGUCCUUCACUGCUUUUUUUUUUAAAGUUUGGGCUUUUAGUGGUUACGAGGUAAACUGAUAAAUCAUUUGAACUAUUCAUUAUUUGUUUACCCAGGAAGCUGAAGCCCCGAAUACCAGAACAGUAGCUGAAUAGAAGCUACUUUACCAUUCAGUUUUCGUUCACGUUCAUGCUACACUCAGUUAAUCCGUAUUUACUCGUUUUCUUGUUCCAGAUUUUUUUUUUUUGGUGGUGGAGUGAAGAGCAUUUAAUGUUGUACAAUAAAUAUAGAUACUCAGUACACUUGAUUUGUUCAGCAUUAGGGGAAUAAUAAUAAUAAUAAUAACAAUAAUUAGAAAAUGACAGUACCUUGUUUAAAUAUUCACGCUCUUAAACUCAUUUAGAAAUGUUAGAUCCCGUUCUCCUAGUCCAGAUCUACACGAAAUUGCACGUCAAAUGUAUACUAUCCGCAAGUAAUUUGUAAUAGUGAAGCACGGUGGUGGGAGCGUCACAUUACGAGGAUGUUCUUGUGCAGAGAUACGAUUCAUGAUAAAGAACAAGCUGGAUGAAACAUUUUUUUAACCUUAAUUAUGAAAGUAAUAUUUGUACCCUUAAAUGUUUUAAAAGGUCAGUUUCAGGUUGUAACAUGACUCAGUGUGGGUUUUUUAGUCACAUGAUUUCUGAGCAACUCAGGUUUUUUCGAGCAGGAACGAUGGAACAUGAUGUAAAACAUUUAGAACCUACACGAAUAUACACUUUGCUGUGAGAAAUGCCAUGUGUUUUACAUUCACCUCACUUUAUAAAUUCAUAAAUGCCUUUAUUUUUAUAUACAUGACACUUAGUGGCCACUUUAAUAGGAACACCUGCACCUCUGCUUCAAUUCAAAAACAGGUGAUGAGGUAAUGAUCUUCAGCUGCCUGCUUUGAGCCAAUCCCUGCCCCUGUAACCACAGAGUGCUCUUCACCAUGUUCUGAGAUGCUUUUCUGCUCACCACGGUUGGAAAGAGUGCCUUUUUUGUUUGCACUGCUGUGACAUGAACCUCCAGCUGUACAGGUGUUCCUAAUAAAGUAGUCUAGGAGUCAUAAGGUCACUGAGUCUUGCAUCCAAAUCAGAGCGACUUAGGGGCACUAAUACAUUUUGUAUACGUACAGAAAACAGCAAAAAGCCCCAUUUUACAAUAAAUUAAGAGAAAUGUUUUAUUAAUUUUUCCGAAGUCUUGUUUAUUCGAAUGAAUUGUUGUUUGAUACAAAUAAAUCAACUGGAAGGAAAA